GGCGUCAUCAGCCUCUAUUUUGAGUCACCAGAGCUUUGUACAGUAUUUUUACCUACCUAUGUAUAUCUGAUCGAGAAGCUUGUGCUUUCUCAAGUGAAGUCGUAUACAACGUAUUCGUCAUACUAUACGCAAUGUCAGCAACCAUCAACGGUAAGUGCAUCUCAUAUCCGACAAUCUACGUAGACUUCUCGUCACCCACCUCUAACAACCAAACCUCUGGUACUCUAGCGCAAACUCUGUUGCUAACCACGCAUGCGUUCCGACCCGGCGCUAAUGCAUCUUCUUAUGACGACCACUCCUCUGAUUCGAACUCGAGCCCAUCAACAUUCUGAAUCCUGCGUACUAAACAGCCGGUUGUUUUUCCCGAGCGGUCAGGUAUCGUUGACCGACAUGACCAAACCAAGGGUCGCCUUUGUCGUUGGAUUCGACACGUUGCAUGCAUGCUACGGUUCGUACCUUCCUGUCUGCCUUCCCGCGUGCUGGGUAUCGCGAUGUCACCUUCUACAUCUAUCUUGAAUGCAGAAGAGGAUUUUAGAGAAUGCGUAGGAUUGCCUCAUGCCAUUUGGAAUGCAGCGGUGUGGGUAUGCUUCGUCACUGCUUGUAAUGUGCUUGACGGGGUGAAGUGGGUUGGAUGAAACAUGCAUUGCAGAUGCAGGAUUUUCUGUGCAGAAGGCAUAUGCAUGUUUAUUCUCGACUGCAUGUGUAUUUGAGGAAGUACCAUAUGUUGAAUUGUGUACCUAGGUAGUCACCGGCUCAGAGCACGCUCGUUCGAUUUCUUCCUCUGGCACAUCAUUAUUUGGUGGUUUCCAAUCGCCGUUGCCUCGCAACGUACAUCAACACAUCGAAUCUUGAUCUUCGAGACUGGUGCCCGUUUUCUGUAAGUGCUUGAUAAACCGCUCAGUCAACAUGCCCGAUCUUCGGAGAGCACAGUCCGCUUGUUGUCGGCCGCAGACCGGACGUAUGCCGAGAUACAUAUCCCAGGGAACUCGCAGUUUACUUGCCAAUUACAAUGCACAUACGUCAAUUGCAGAUCCCUACAUACAUAUGUAUAUAGUACGUGCGCUGUUCGUACAGACUAGAGUCACAAAACUAUAGGGGUCCCUUCCCCCAUCAAUGGCCAGUGCGCUACAUACCUAGCAGAUCCUACAUAAAGGAAUGGCGAACAGCCAAUCGGUCUUAAUAUUCACCAUUCCUCCGCUCUUCCGAUACGUCUUUUGCAUAUGGAAGUGAUCAACCGUCGGAAUUGGUCUAUGCAAGUCUUUGAAACCGGGUGACUUGAUGCGAGAGCAGCAUUGUUGAAGUCUUGCCGAUUGGUUGGAAUCAGAAGCUUUCUCGAUUUGUACCGUGAUAUUCGCUGUUAGCAGACAACCGGCUCCAUGCAGAGCGAAUGUAGACUUGAUGUUGAUCAUCCGUACUGCUUGUACGUCCGCGGAUGUUUCGUUUUGCGACAUCUUAGUCAAAAAGUUAACCCGAUUUCUGCGCAUAUAGAAAGCGCUCGAGGUUUCCGGGUUCGAUGAUUUUGAGUUGCCAUUUUUCCCAAUCUUGCAAUUCAGUGGGUACAUUACACAACAAUAGACUAUUCUUAGGUCAUCGCACCGCGAAAGGUUCACUUUGUGUACUUAUGAACCAUGACUUUAACAACCACUACAGUCAACACCAACACCCGUCCAACUCAAACAUCCCCACCCACCAAACAAUCCAACACCCCCAACCGCGACGACAAAACUACCACCACGACCACCACCUUCCUUAACCGCCUAUGCUACGAAGCCUACACAAUCUGGCUCUUCACGCGAAGCGACCUAAAAACAAUCGUCCUCCCCAAAUCCGUCUUCGGCAUCCUAGGCGCCUUCACAGGCUCCAACCUCCUAUCCACCGGCCUCUCAAGCCAAGAAACCCUACUCCGCGCCCCUCUCGUGAUCCUCUGGGUCUGGAUCGUGCUGCUCCCCUGCAACAUCGAUAACCAGUACCGCGCCCGCGACAUCCAAGAAGAUGGACUCAACCGCCCCUGGCGCCCCCUCCCUGCAAAACGGCUGAGCAGCUCGCAGGCGUGGAGAAUCAUGAUGGUCGCGCAUGCAGUGGGGUUGGUGUAUUCAUGGGCUGUAGGCGGGCUGCGGGAGAAAGUGCUUGGGAUUUGCUUUGGGUGGUUGUAUAAUGGGCUCGGGGCUGCGCAUCGGUCGUGCGUGGCGCGGAAUUUUGUGAAUGCGCUGGGUUACGUGACGUUUAGCAUGGGUGCGAUUUCCGUGGCUGCGUCCAGCGAGGUUACAGAGCGUGGGGUGCGGUGGUUUAUGCUCGUUGGAUGUGUGGUGUUUACGAUGGUGCAUAUGCAGGAUCUGCCGGAUGUACGGGGUGAUGCGUUGCGUGGGCGUAAGACUGUGCCGUUGGUGGUUGGAGGACGCGUGUGUCGGUGGUCGAUUGCGGUCAUGGUGCCGUUCUGGACAGUGGUGGCUGUGGGGUUUUGGGAGGCUGCGGUGUCGGUGACGGCAGUUGUUAGUGGUGUUCUUGCGAUUGUUGUUGCGGUGAGAGUGUUGCGGACGGAUGAUGCGUCUCAGGAUGCGGUGACUUAUCGACUGUGGAAUCUGUGGAUGGUGACGAUGUAUGUGUUGCCGAUUGCGAAUGGUGCAGGGAGGAUGGAGUGA